AUAAAGAGUUCGCAAGAAGCAAAACCCAAAAACAUACACUUGAGGAUUAGUUCUUCUGUGUUGUUGCACGAUAUCGAAGUGUUUUCUCAAAUUGUCAGGUCGCUCUCUCUGUUUCUGGCUGUCCAAGUAUCUUUCAGGUUCAAAAUGAAUGCAGUCAGAAUUCAAGUUGUUUUGAGAAGUGGAGUUCACAAUUCGAUAAGAGCAUUCGGCACAACCAGUGUGACAAACGAUAUCCACAGAUGCAAAGUUCUUGUGGUUGGGGGCGGUGCCGGUGGUUGUUCGGUAGCGGCCAAGCUUUCCAGCAAAUUAGGACAAGGGAAGGUCAUUAUCCUGGAACCAUCCGAGCGACAUUAUUACCAACCAAUGUUUACAUUAAUCGGUGGUGGAAUUAAGAGCCUUGAGGACAGCUUCCGCCCUAUGUCGAAGGUUUUGCCUGCACUUGCGAAAUGGCUUAAAGACUCAGCCGCGAAGUUCGAGCCGGAGAAAAACACAGUCUUGACGGCAAAUGGCGAUAAAAUAGAGUAUGAGUUUUUGUUGGUAGCCAUGGGAUUACAGUUAAAUUACGACAAAAUACCUGGUCUCGUUGAUGCCCUAGCGAUACCGAAGGGCAAAGUUUGUUCAAAUUACUCCCCCAAGUAUGUCAAUCGAACCUUCGAAGCACUGAAGGCCUUCAGGACGGGCAAUGCCAUUUUCACAUUUCCUAAUAGUCCGGUUAAAUGUCCUGGAGCGCCACAGAAGAUCCUUUACAUAGCUGAACACUAUAUGCGAAAGUCCAAAAAGAGGCAAAAUGCAAAUAUGGUUUACAAUACAUCACUCCCGGUACUGUUUGGAGUUAAACACUACGCGGACGCCUUAUGGAAAGUUGUAGAGGGACGAAACAUAAAAGUAAACCUGCGCACCACUCUUGUUGAAGUUUACCCCGAAAGAAAUCAAGCCUUGUUCCAGAAUUUAGAUAAACCCGAGGAAACCUUCACGACCGAUUACGAAUUUUUACACGUUACCCCACCAAUGAGUGCUCCUGACGUCCUGAAAUCGUGUGAACCCCUAGUGACGGAAACAGGGUUUGUGGAUGUGAACAAGGAUACACUUCAACACGUGAGGUUCGAAAAUGUUUUCGCAAUCGGCGAUUGCUCGGCGUCACCAAACUCCAAAACGGCCGCGUCUGUUGCUGCCCAAUCGCAAGUUGUUUAUAAAAACAUGGUUUCGGUGAUGAAUGGCCACAAACCAACGAGGGUUUUCGAUGGAUAUGCUUCCUGCCCGCUAGUUACCGGUUACAACUCAUGUAUAUUGGCUGAAUUCGAUUAUAAUCUGAACCCGUUGGAGACGUUUCCUGUCGAUCAGAGCAAAGAGCGCUACUCUAUGUUUUUGAUGAAAAAAGAUGUGAUGCCGCCACUCUAUUGGCACCUUUUGCUGAACGGAUUGUGGAAUGGGCCAGGACUCGCCAGAAAGCUGAUGCAUUUUAAACUGUGAAUCGUGAAUUUAAUGUUAAGUUAUGAAAGUGAAAAUCAAGAGGAAGCAAUUAUUUUAGUCAUUUGAGAGAGAAAAUAUUUUAUCUAUUACGUGUCGAACAGAUAAGAGAUAUUUUGAAUAUGAUAUAAGAAUGUCGUCCACAUUAUUUCGAACUAUUCAA